UACUGAAGUCAUUCAAACAGAAGAACAGAGAAGAAGAAACACACCUAAAUAAUUACUUCAGCUUAUUUUUGAUCAACACACCUUAUUUCCGAAAGGAAUCCAUUCUGGAAACUUCAUUCAGUAAGAAAUAUAAUCAGUAUGGCUACUGGAUGGUCAACAAUUACAAAAGAAAACACCAACUUUGCUCGAUUGUGCAAAUUACUCAUCGAUGGAGGAACUCAUGCCCUUAGAGUCAUUUUUGAUGUCAAAUAUCCACCUCACGAUCUAAAGAAACAUUUGAUGGACAGCAGGAUUCAUAAUAUCUUAAAGAAUUUGAAGGCUAAAAAAAUUCUACGAUCAGAGCAGUGGAACAGACUGUAUCCAAGUGUAGGAUCGGCAACAUCUGCAGGGUUUGACAUAACUCUCUUAAGUUUACUGUUGCGCAAUAUCUGCAAUUUGCCAGCACCUAUCAAUGGAUGGGACAAGGAUCCUGCAUCAACAAGUGUUAACGUGGAAGACGAUGUAGUAAGGCUGAGAUUAUACCGUAAUAAUCUCUAUGGUCACAUCUCUGAACCAGCUCUAUCAAACGCUGAUUUCAACAAGUACUGGAACGACAUUGAAACUGUUUUGUUAAGACAUGGUGUAAACAAGGCAGACAUUGAUAGUCUUAAGACACAAUCCUUCGAACCAGAAGAUGAAGACUACUACAUCAAAUGCUUAAAAGAAUGGAUCACUGAUGAGGCUGAUAGAGUAAUCCAUGAAGUAAAGAAAGUACUGGAAAAAGUGGAGAAAGUAGAGCACAAGCUGAACCAACUAAAACCGGAGCCAUCAAAACCAGCUACACCUGAAGGUAUGACAAAACAUCGAAUAGAUUAUAGUAGAACCACAGCUAGCUAAUACAUGUGAAUUGAUAAAUUACUACUCAGACGAAUGUCGAUUGCGAAAAAAAAAUAAAUAAAAUAAAAAUAAAAAAAAUAAAAAUAAAUAAAUAAAUAAAAUAAAAAGAAAGAACUAAUGUUUUUGUUGAAACACAUUUGGAGAUAAAAAUCGUGUUGGUGUCGAAACGUCAAAGCUAGUUGUCUUGAUUUUUAUCUCGAAAAAGAAAGAAGUAACAAUUAUAGAGUGGAUUUCAUUAGUCAAAGUGUAAUGCUGCAUGAUACACUAAAAAGACAGAAGAAAAUCAGACAAAAUAAAGACAGGGUAUGAAAGACAAAAUAAAAAUGAUCAUAAUAAUUUGUAGAAAUUAUACGGCGCAAUUAGAAAUCACUAAACUGAGAAUAUGCAAAUAAUUAAUGAAUC